CAACAGAAAUCUUCUGACUGCAUUUCUAGGACAGACAAGUUUUCAGUCUCACUAGAGCACGACUUUGGCAAGUGGUGCUGUAGCCUAUAGGGCGCUAUUUUAAACACGAUGAGCUUUUGUCAUCUCUUUAACUGCAGAUCGCGUUUCAUAAUGUUUUAAAUAGCUGCGCAUUCAGGUAUUACAUUAAUGGCUUACAUAAAAUAGAAAUUCAUCAGGCAUAAGGUUUAGAGGAGGAUCUGCAUCAGCUGAAUCUGUUCAAUGAUCUGGCAGAGAAAUGCAGUCGAGCCAGUUUCGUCUGCACUGGAGCAGAAAUGCGCGUUUUGUAAGCUGGGUUUACUGGGAUGAGAAAAACUGUUUAGCGUAUUUGUCCAGCUCAUUGAUAACACGAAGACGCCGCUGAUCUCAGAAAGUCACUGGGAAAGAUUAACCUCGGAGUGAACCAGUCUCAGAUGAUAGCUGGGGAAUUAGAAGACAUUUGCAUUUUCCUGCAAGCAUCUGCGAAAAAACAGCCAUUUCCAUGGUAUUUCAUUUCUGUAAAACUAAAACGAGACCCUGAAAAGAAAGUUUUCGUUUUUUAACUUCAGUUAAGGACUACUUUUCUACUUUUCAGUUCCUUUCUCCAGCGAGGUAUGAGGAAACAUGUGUGAAAGCUAAGAAAAAGUUGUGCUUAAUGUAUAAAUUGCAUCCACGAAAAUGGAACAGCAACAUUCAACACCUGACCGCAAAAACAUGGAUAAAUGCUUGAGACGUUUGAAGCAAGAGCUGCUGUCUAUGCGGGAGGCUGGAGAUGGACUCCAUGCUCAGAUGAAUUCCAUGAUGGGCGCACUACAGGAACUCAAAGUUUUGCAGCUGCAGACUGUACUGGAACAGCUGGAAAUCUCAGGAAAGCCAAGUCAUUCACCUUUACCAAAUAAUCGGAUGUUCUACUCUCCUCCACUGAGCCACCCUGGUACCCCGCCCCCAAAGCCAUGCCAGCCUCAGGUCAGUUUAUCUCAAGGACGAGACCAGCCUCUGCAUAGGAGCAGUCCAGGAAAGAUGUCCUCUGCUUCAUGCCACCAGUCACUCCCAAAAAGGUUACUUGGAGAAAGUAUGUGUUCGCAGGACAACAGCCAUUGCUCACUCCCAGUCUCUCAAGGAACGGUGUCCUGGAGCACACCUGAGCUAACUCACGCUGUGGAUUAUCCAAGAAACCCACAAACCCUCCAUCAGACUGCGCAGUCACUGGAGAGUGACUCUAAUGUGAGCAGCACUGAUGACUCAACUGACUGGACCUCCACACUCAUGAGCUGUGGACGCAACCGACAGCCACUAGUCCUAGGUGACAAUGUCUUUGCUGACCUGGUGGGCAACUGGCUAGACCUGCCAGAGCUGGGCAAGCGGGCACUGGCUGAAAAGGAGGAAGAAGAGGAAGAGCCAGCUCCCCCUCUGCCACUCAGCCGCUCUCAGGAGAUCUACCGGCGAUUCUCCCUCACCACCAACGUCUUCAAGAAGUUCUUGCGCAGUGUGAGACCUGACAAAGACAAGCUUUUGAAGGAGAAACCUGGCUGGAUGCCUCUGGACAACCCUGAGGCGGAACUUCUCAAGAGACCCAAGAAAGUUAAUAAGCUUAAGGGGACAUUCUAUCUUCCCUUUCGCUCUGGUUCAUCUGGACAGCAAGGGAAGAACAUAUUGGGGAGAUUGGAGGGGACAAGCCAGACAACAGGAAUGUACACUAAUGGGAGGCAGCCAGAAAUUGCAGGGCAGGUCCAGCCUGGGUUUGAUUACAGCACAGUUGUCUGGGUCUGAUGAGGUUCCAUUUUUUGCUCUCUGAGGGCCACACUUCUAUAAUUGUUCGCACUAUUCACAUUGAUCCGUUAUCAAUGAUAAUGCAUAAUUUGCUCUAGUAACAAAAUGUUCCCAUGCCGUCCUUGAAGAGAUUGAAGUUUAUGGAUGCUGAUGGGGAGUCUUACACCUGCCAGUUAAUUUAAGUGAUUUAACUAAUUUCACAUUAGUCACAUUGAAUAUUCAUCACCACCCCCACCUUACUUUUGGCAGUCAUUCAGUCCACUUUUUAUGGCACCUCCGAUUAUUUCCACAGCCUUUCUGCCAACAGUGUAGAAUUCAUUUAGUGGAAAAUUGUCGCUGGCUUAGCAUGGGGUGAUAUGGAACUGUUGGAAAUGCCAUUGUCAUCCUACCAUUUUGUAUGGAGCAGUGUAUGGAAUAAGCAGGACUUGGGUAUGCAAUCAAGUCCAAUGACUUUGCCUUGUUAUACAUAUGGUUAGUAUUAGAUUUAUUAUUAGGGUAUAAUCGUGAAUCUCAUGUACUCAUGGGAAUUGUAGUUCAUCACCUAGGUAAUGGGAGUCCAGUGCAAGAGCUAGAAUGCUCCACAACAUGUUGUUCAACAAACUCUGUCACCCACAAAGAUGGGCUGUCUUCUAAACUAUUAUACAAACUUACUUUUCACAGCAGCUGCUUUGGAGCAUGUCGUAAUACACAACAUGCAUCAAAGUGCAUCAGUGUGACAUCUAGAUGACAGCAGGAGGAAGUAUUGUCAUUCUCAGAGAUGGAAAGAUCCGGUCCAGAAAGUAAAAAUCCAGACCAAGAUUUCAUUUUAGCCAACCAGUUGAGUACUCUGCAAAUGUUACUCUUUAUACUCAACUGGUUGGUUGAAACAAAAUCUUGGUCUGGAUUUAUACUUUCUGAGCCUGGAGUUUCCACCUCUGCUCAUUCUCUUAAAUGACCAGAGAUAUAAAUGAAUAGAUGACCCACCCUGGGUGAAACCUGGGGUUGUUUACAAUGUGAGGAGCACCUUGGAAGAGAACAUUGACAUCAACUGAUAGGCAGUCAGCACUGAGCUCAUGCAUGCAGAAGCUGAGGGUAGACUGCAAAGGAGGAGCUGGCACAGUGAUUGGGCUUUUUCAGUAAAUUAUUCCUGUUCUCUUGUUCAUUUUUUGCUAGGGAAGCUAAUUUAGGAUUCAAGAUGAAAUCUUGUACUGUAUGUGUUCAUACCUCUUAUAUGCUUGUGAAUCAGUAAUUGUUUAUGUAAACAUAAACUUUCAUAAAUUCUUCUCUAGUUUCACACUGAUGUUGAAAAUCUACCACUAAUAUGAAGCCAAAGCACACAUUAUAUUAUAUUAAAGUGCUGAAGAGUACAUAUGCAGUCAGGCCUGAUUAAGGUAAGGACAGCACACGUUUCCUCUGCAGAUUUCAUUGUAACAGCCCUGCCAGUGCCUUAGAGCUGUGUGCCCCCACCAGCAGACUGGCGCCCCGGUGGACGUAAUGAAUGCCUCAGGAACAAGCUGCGUAACUACGGCCUCCAGGCAAAGUGGCCAGCUCUGUCCCUGUUACGGGGGAGGAAUCACUGGGCCCCAGGAGCCUAUCCCAGCCAGCACAGGGCAUACAUCACUUUGCUUGGCCCUUUCAAACUCUGAAUGAAGUACUGUUAUCACUGGGCUUACGUGAAGGUAAUACUAUUCAAGGUGGUAUUAUGUAAUUUAUUACAUUAAAUAACUGUAAAUACAUACUUAAUUUGGCAGUGCCUUUUAUAUAUUAGGCAAAAAUUCCCGAGAUUCUGAAACUGAUGGUUUCUUUUCUUCUACUAGUGCAAUUGUAAAUCUUCCCCUUUCCUUUGAGCCUCACAUGGGCAUUGGGUGCUUAAUUCCACUUAAUUCCACAAGCUAAGGAAAACAAAAUGAAAAGGGUCAUCAAUAGACUUCACUGAUCUGCAUAUUCCUUCUAAAUCAUCAACUUUAUAUGUGCUAACUGUGAAAGUGAAAAUGGGGUAGCAGUUUUUUUUAAAGAUCUAUGUACUUGUGCCGAUUUUUCCAUCUAACAAAUGCAUGUGAAAAUCUACGGUUCGAAUAUGCUUCUUUAUUGACAUGUAAACCAUCAUUGCUGCAGAAAUUGGUCUCGUUGGUUCUUUGCAUCUGAAAACUUCAUUCCACUUUGAAUAAAUUUUGAAAGUAAAA